AAGAACUUACAUUCCAUUGUUCAAAAAAAAAACUUUUAAAAUUGAAUCAAUGUUAUCACAAUGCCAUCUUUCUGGUGUUUGCGGCGCAACUCCUUUAUUGAUCCAUCACACCAUAAAGUAAAAAAUAGUUAAAAGUCCGCAACGGUUUCUUUAUCACAUUUUUUCUCCCGAAAAAAAUAUAUAAUCUCAUCCGAAAUGUGACGAAAAAGUUAAAAUAACAAAUGUUAUCAAGUUGUAGAAGUCGAACGAUAUUUGAAAGAUGGUCUUACUCGGUGCCGUUAUUUUGUUACAUGGUUUUUCUUUGCGUGAUGGUUUUCCUGCCGGUUCCAUUGCGUUCAAGUAUAACGAUAAAAAUAGAUGACAUGGAUGUGACUUUAAAACGUAGUUUAGAAGAAACGUUUAUCGUCAAAAUGAGAAAUAGUAAUUUUAAAACGGACGGCGGGGAGAGGUACCGAGAUGAAUCAUUAAGUGACAAAAACGAGUAUUUGGUGAACGUUAAUAAUAACGAAAAUUUCAAUAAGGAACAAAAUGAUAUUUUGAUGGAUGUUUUUAAAAAAGCCGAUGUUGAUCGAAGUGGUAAGUUAGAUCCAAAAGAAUUGGCCAAUUGGAUUCGAAAAAAAAUAGUCGAACACAUAUCUUUUGCUGUUGGAAAUAACUUUAAUCUCUUCAUGGAAAUUGACGUCGACCCACCAAACGGUGUGGUAACUUGGAAAGAAUAUCACGCUUAUUUUUUAAAAAAGCGUGGAUUUAGCAAAAAAUAUGUUCAACAUCAUAACGAAAAAAUCCACAAAGGAAUGUCCAGAGCCACAAAAGAACAAAUGAUGAAAGACAAAGCUUCUUGGCUUGAAGCAGCAAAAUCAGACGCAAAUUCUUUAACAGUCGACGAAUUUUUAGCCUUUACACACCCAGAAUCAAGCGCAACAAAUCAAUUAGCACUUGUAGAUGAACUUUACGACAAAUUCGAUCGAGAUGGUGAUGAAUUAUUAACAGAGGAUGAAUUUGCAAUACUUCAAACUGAAGGAAAUAACGACGAAAUGGUGGUAAUUCGCCAAGAUGAAAAUCAACGCAGAGCUGAAUUUCGUACCUCCAUUGAUUUAAACGGUGAUGGAAAAGCGGAUAGAAGAGAAUUGUUGCAUUACGUCGCCCCGCAAAGUCCAAGACAUAGCGAACACGAAGCUGAAGCUUUAUUAGCUUUAGCAGACACAGAUCAAGACCACAUGUUAUCUAUAGAUGAGAUUUUAGCACAUCCAAAUUUGUUUCUUAAAUCAAAAAUGGUCGAUACAGCUCGUAGUUUUCACGAUGAGUUUUGAAUCGUUAUAAUUUAGGUGAUAAAUCAUUUUUAUAUUGAAUAAAAAUAAAGAAAUCAAAUAUUUAAUUUGAA